CUGUAUGGCCCGAAACGCUUCAUCCUCCGUCGUCGCUGACAUAAAUUCUCCGUGAGAGGAUUUCCGUCGAUGCUUUCGAAACGCUUUGCAAUGUGGUUACUUCAUUCGUUCAAACCCGCGCAUAAUGCCUCAAACGGCCAUAAAUGUAGAUUCUGACCUUAGAAAGAAGCAAGGCGUAGACUCAAUUCCGAAAGUGGCGCGGCAGACUCGGAUGCGGUUAGAAGCAAUUGGAGAAGCUAUACAAGAACGCGCCGUGCACUGGUACCAGAUAUAUUUGCUAGAAAUAUUAUUGCGACAGAAGCCUUUAAAGCCUUCCAAGGAUGGGCGACACGUCCCGCUGCGAAUCGACCAAGAACAAGUUUUGAUCGAUGAACGACGCGGCCAGCCGUACAUAUCCAAUGCGAUUCGAACCUCGCGAUAUACCCUAAUUGACUUCAUACCGAAGCAGUUGAUAUUUCAGUUUACACGACUAGCGAAUUUCUAUUUUCUUUGCGUUGGCAUUCCUCAAGCGAUUCCGGGCCUAAGUACAACAGGAAGUUAUACUACUAUCCUACCUUUACUAUUCUUUGUUCUCCUCACGAUUAUUAAAGAGGGCUACGAUGAUUAUAAGCGCCAUCGGCUAGAUAAUUUGGAGAAUGCGAACUCUGCUAGGGUUCUGAGACGGAAGUCUCUAGGCGUAAACGCUACUUCGUCAACUCGAAAAUGGUUGACAGGUAUAUUUAAAAAUAAAGCGGUAGACGUGAACAAUUGGGAUUACGAGACUGACGGGGAGUACGGGUGGCAGAGAGUCAAAUGGCAGGAUGUCCAUGUUGGCGAUGUCGUCAAACUGGUUCGCGAUGAAGCUGUGCCAGCUGAUCUAGUUCUUUUAUACGCCACGGGAGAGAAUGGAUUGGCUUACAUCGAUACAAUGGAUUUGGAUGGCGAGACCAAUCUUAAGAGUAGGGAAUCACUUCCGGAUUUCGAAGAUUGCCAAACUAUUUCUGGUAUUCGCAAUUGUCUUGCCGAGUUCGUCCUCGAGGACCCGAAUCCCGAUCUAUAUCGCUUCGACGGGCGUGUCACAAUACGCGGCCGAACGCUUCCUUUGACAUCUAAUGAAGUCAUAUAUCGAGGUAGUACGCUUAGAAAUACCACUUACGCCAUCGGGAUAGCGAUUAACACUGGAGAGGAGUGUAAAAUCCGCAUGAAUGCAAAUCAGCAUCCUCAUGCUAAGAAGCCAGCGUUAGAAACUAUCGCUAACAAGAUUGUCAUCACUCUCGCCCUCUACGUUAUCAUCUUAACUGUUGGCUGUUCUAUGGGCUACAUUAUCUGGCGAAGGUCUACUGAGCGAUUCUCUUGGUAUGUUUCCAUGGCCACAGUCGAGUUCAAGCAAAUCAUCAUCGGCUACGCAAUCAUGUUUAACAAUGUCAUCCCCCUGGCGCUUUACGUUACUCUCGAGAUAACGAGGAUUGGCCAGAUGCUUAUGUUAAAUAACGACGUAGAAAUGUAUGAUGAGGCAACUGAUACUCCAGCUCGAUGCAACACCAACACUAUCUUGGAAAAUCUUGGCCAAGUCAGCUACAUAUUCUCCGACAAGACAGGCACUCUCACGGAAAAUGUAAUGAAAUUUCGCAAAAUGAGCAUUGCUGGGACUUCCUGGUUGCACGAGACAGAUAUUCAAUCCGAAGGAGACACAGCAAUGACAGGUCUUAACUUUACCCCCGAUACGGGAAUCGCAACCCCACGCAAGUCCAGGGAGAUUGCUAGUGUUAUUCACGAAGACAUCGAGCUAUAUCCGCUAUCACCAGCAGCGUCGAGCUUCGCACCUCGGUCCGAGAGGAGAUCCUCGUCGCAGUGGAGGUCGAGUGCCCGCCCGGACCACGUGCAGCCAGAUGUUACAACCUCGGAUUUGCUGGAGUAUAUCAGAUCAAGGCCCACAUCUCCUUUUGCAAGACGAGCCAAGGAUUACAUCCUGUGCAUGGCUCUAUGUCACACAUGCUUGCCAGAAGUCAAAGAUGGGGUUAUCGAUUUCCAAGCUUCAUCACCGGACGAAUUGGCGCUUGUCCGUGCCGCGCACGAACUUGGAUACCUGGUUGCCCAUCGGUCUUCUCAGGCCGUGACCUUGCAGAUUGAUAACGGGGAUGGCAGUCAGAAAACAGAGAUUUACCAGAUCUUAGACGUCGUCGAGUUUAGUAGCAAGCGAAAGCGUAUGUCGAUUAUUGUACGCUUUCCUGAUGGGAGGAUUUGCCUCAUCUGCAAGGGUGCGGACUCGGUAAUCAUGCCUAGACUCAAGUUGGCUUAUUUAGCGAUGCAAAAGGCAACAGAAGUUCGCAAAAGCGUCGAGGCUGAGCGUGAACUGCUUCGAAGAAGCGAGCAAUUAGACGUGAGAAAUAGCUUCGGGGGGCGUCCAAGCCUAACUCUACGACGGAAUAUCGAAGUUAAUCGCAACAGUAUUACCGUGACACAGCCAACGUCGCCAAUUAAUAUCCCGACAAUCGUAAGAAGCAGAUCCGUUGAAGGAUCCAGAACGAGACGUUCCGAAGACAAACUUCGCCCGUCUUUAGGCAUACGAACCACAUCUCUUGACGUGGCCCAGACGCUAUCAAGACUGAGCCCAUCGACUCCAAGACCAUUGCCAGAUAAGUUUGGGUUCCUCGAUGAUCCGUCUAUACAUGACGAGUCUGUAGUUUUCACCCGAUGUUUCAAACACUUGGAUGACUUUGCUUCUGAGGGCCUACGUACUCUCCUAUUCACGCGGAAAUUUAUACCUGAGAGUGAGUAUGAGACAUGGAAGAAAGUUUAUAAUGAGGCAACGACAAGUUUAGUGAAUCGACAGGAAAUGAUCGAAACGGCGGGCGACUUGAUCGAGCAGUCGCUUGACCUUGUAGGGGCGACAGCGAUUGAGGAUAAACUCCAAAUCGGCGUGCCGGAAACCAUUGAUAAGCUCCGUCGUGCCAAUAUCAAGAUAUGGAUGUUGACCGGUGAUAAGCGAGAAACAGCAAUCAAUAUUGCUCAUUCGGCGCGAAUUUGUCGGCCAGGGUCCGAUAUAUUCAUUCUUGACUCAUCCAAAAGCUCAGUCGAGACACAAAUCAACGAUAUAUCCGAGGACAUCGCGACGGGCUGUACUCACAGCGUAGUAGUCAUCGACGGUCAGACCCUAGCGGCUAUUGAGCAGUCGACGCGACUUACAGACCUUUUCUACACUCUCAUCCCCUUAAUCGACUCCGUCAUCUGCUGUCGCGCAUCGCCUGCCCAGAAAUCCCUAAUUGUGAAAGCUAUUCGGCAGCGAGUACCAAGUGCUUUGACACUUGCUAUUGGUGAUGGAGCAAACGACUUGGCCAUGAUCUCUGCCUCUCACGUCGGCGUCGGAAUAUCAGGCAAGGAGGGACUACAGGCUGCUCGUGUAGCCGACUACGCCAUCGCACAAUUUCGCUUUCUGCAGCGACUACUUCUUGUUCAUGGUCGUUGGAAUUAUGUUCGCACGGCGAAGUUCAUUCUCACCACUUUUUGGAAGGAAAUGUUUUUCUAUCUACCAACGGCGAUGUAUCAGCGGUAUAAUGGAUACAGUGGAACCAGUCUUUAUGAGAACUGGAGCUUAACCGUAUUCAACACCCUGUUUACGAGUCUAUGCGUAUUAUGUCUGGGUAUCUGGGAGCAGGAUCUCAGCGCGGAGACGCUGCUUGCCGUGCCCGAAUUAUACGUACACGGACAGAGGAAUAAAGAGUUGAACAUUCCCAGGUUCGUACGUUGGAUGGCCGCCGCGGCUACAGAGGGUGUGCUAGUCUGGCUUGGGGUAUGGGCUGCCUAUAGUAUUUACGGACAGGCCCGUGACGAUGCACUUUUUGCUUUGGGUGAUCUCGUUUUUACAGUGGGAGUAUUGUGGAUUAACUGCAAGAUAUUUAUCCUCGAGACACAUUAUAAGUCGGCGAUUAUUAUGGCUGCUUUUGGUAUUACUAUCGCUGGGUGGUGGGCUUGGCAGGCAUUUCUCUCAGGAGUCUAUGCAGCACAACCAAGCCCCUAUCCAGCUAGGAACGGAUUCGUAGACACUUUCGGUCAAGAUCCUCUUUGGUGGUUGACACUAAUCAUCCUAGUGCUCGUAUUUAUCUCGAUAGAGCUGGUUUACAAGACGGUGAAGCGCAACAUGAUUAUCGCAGGCACGUGGCACUGGCCGCCAUGGAAAAAAAGAAAUCCCGACGAAAGCCUAGAAGAAUGGGGUCUAGAGGUUUGGCAGGAACUAGAAAAGGAUCCGGUUAUGCGUGAGCGGUUGCAGAAGGCGUGCAUGGAGGAGGGCGAGGUCGAAGACGGAGAGCAGGACAGCAUUGACCCGGACGACAUCAUUAAAGUUAUAUAAGGGAAAAGCAU